AUAUAUAUAUAUAACCUUAUUGAUAUUUGCAGCAAAAUGCAACAGAGAGAUGUAGUUGUCAAUGGAACUGUGCCAGUUACACUUGACGCUGUUAACAUAAUAUCAAAUUCAACACAGACUGAUGAUUUCAUAGAUAUUAUAAUUGUUAGAAACAACCCUAUUUUUAUCGGUAUCUUCUGUGGGUGUGUGUUCUUGGUGACUAUCUGUGCAUUCUUGUGGUGUUAUUUACGAACAAAUCCAUCAGAAAGAUUUAAUUUAACCUUAACCACGUCAGUUUCAAACAAUAUUUCUACAUCACAACAAACCAGUCACAAAGACGGACAUCAUGGAAGAGAAAGUGCGUCGUUGUAA